GCGUAGACUAAAUAGAUUACAUCGUCACGCAUCUUAGUACUCAAGGGCUCGAUGCAUCGGGAUUAGAUAUAAUCUUAUCAAAGUCCUCAUCGCCACUGUCACCUGUGGAAGGGAUCUCAUGAAGAGGCAGCAGAUCCAUCGCAGAGAUAUUAGAUGCAGACUGGGCUUCGCUUUCGAUCACCCGCUCUCCUGAUCGUCCUGUUGUGCAUAGGCCGGGAGGAAGCCUCCCGCAAUCAAGUCAUCAGUGAUUGCUUUGACAUUCUCCUCGACGUUGAAAUCGAAACACGUCUCGGGCAGUGGUGGGUACAACCUACUGUUGAAGAGCAGCCAUGUAGGCAUGUCGAUCAUUGGAGGCGGAGCUAUGUAGGGAUCUUCCAGCCCGGUUUCAGUCUGCGGGGGCACGAGGGUCGCGUCCAAGGGCGCGUCGGGUGGAGUCGUGUCAAGCCUUUGCUGUGGCAGAUUGAUCAGAGGUAUCGCCCCAGCCGCAUGUCUGUUGAUGAAGUCGUCAAAGAAAGGCGAGUCCAUAUACCACGGUUUCGAUGGCAGAGUCGACAAGGACGCUGAAGAGGGAGAGAGAGGUCCUUCGACUUGUAUAGCCGACGUGGCUUGA